AUGGGAUUCUUCCAUGGAUUAAUGCUUGAGUCAAAGAAACACAUUGCUGUGAGGUUUGAUAAUGAUGAGAGCAAGUACAAAGUCGCUUGGGACAUCAUUGAUAAAAGGUGGGACAACAAGCUCAAGACUCCUCUCCACUUGGCUGGCUACUAUUUGAAUCCUCACUAUUAUUACCCAAACAAGUCAGAGAUUGAGCAUGAUGGAUCAUUUAGAGAUGCCGUUAUUACAUGCAUUUGCAAGAUGAUUGAGGACGAAGAAACCCAAGACAUUGUAAUUGAAGAACUCAACAUGUAUCAAGAUCAGCAAGGAUCUUUCGGCCAUGAGAUUGCUAUAAGGCAAAGGAGAACCAAGAAUUUUAAUCCAGCAAAAUGGUGGCUGAACCAUGGCACCAACACACCAAAGUUGAGAACUUUGGCAUCUAGGAUUCUUAAUUUGACAUGCAACUCAUCAGCUUGUGAGAGGAACUGGUCAGCUUUCGAAGAGGUUCAUACAAAGAAGCGCAAUAGGCUGUUGCAUGACAGGAUGAGGGAUCUUGUGUUUGUGAAAUUCAACUCUAAACUAAGGAACAAGAGAGAGAACAAAAAUAGAGAUCCCAUAGAAAAAGAAGUAGAUGAUGUUCUUGCUGAUUAUGGCAAUGAGUUCAUCACUGGGAAAGAACCAACUACAGAACCUGAGGAAGAACAAGAGAAAGCUCAUGAAGAUGCAUCAGAAGAGGCACCAAACAGGGCAUCAUCAUCACAGGGACAAGCCAAAAGGAAGAGGAGUUCUCGGCCUAGGAAGAAAAUCAAGACCGUGAGCCUGCGGUCCUUGAUGGCUAUGCGUGUUGAAACAAUGCCGCAAGCUACUUCUUCUUCUGAAUCAGAGUCUGAUAAGUCUCCUUCAGAUUUUGGAGAAGAAUAG